CCUGGACAGGAGAGACUUGAGAGGACCUUGUAAAGUCCUCCUGAGGUGGGGUGUUGUUGCUGGGGUUUGUUCCUCAACCUCAGAGAGACUAGCAGGGUUGACCUGUUGGUGGCCUGCCUGCCUGCCUGCCUGGCUUCCUGCCUGCUGUGUCAGGACAGUGUACUGUAGCUGGUGGGCUGGGGACUCCUCUGUCAGGGUGGGUGCGGGCGUCUGGGUCUGGGUCGGCAUCGUGGCGUCUUCUCCUGAGAGUGGGAUCCUCAGUGUGUCCAGGAUGAACCGGCCGGCCCCCCCCGUCGAGGUCUGCUACAAGAACAUGAGGUUCCUCAUCACACACAACCCCACUAACGCCACCCUCAGCACCUUCAUCGAGGAUCUGAAGCAGUAUGGUGCAACAACAGUGGUCCGGGUGUGUGAGGUCACCUACGACAAGACACCACUGGAGAAGGAUGGUAUCACAGUCAUGGACUGGGCCUUUGAUGACGGUGCCCCUCCUCCCACUAAGAUCGUAGAUGAUUGGCUGAACCUGCUGAAGAGCAAGUUCUGUGAGGACCCUGGCUGCUGUGUGGCAGUACACUGUGUAGCCGGGCUGGGACGGGCUCCUGUGCUGGUGGCUCUGGCUCUGAUCGAGGGUGGGAUGAAGUAUGAGGAGGCAGUUCAGUUCAUCAGGCAGAAGCGCAGGGGAGCGAUCAACAGCAAGCAGCUGACCUACCUGGAGAAAUACCGCUCCAGACAGAGACUACGCUUCAAAGACCCUCACAAACACAAGAACAAGUGCUGCGUGAUGUGAUGUGGUGUGGCACCGCAGCCUGGCCUGACUGCUCUGACCGAUAUAGAACGGUUACAUGGACUUUAAUAUUGGGACCGACCUCCACCCCCCUGCGAUGCAUUUAGGACUUGACCUGUUGUCUGUCUCCAUGGGAGAGUUAGCUUCCACUGUUCUGUUGGGAUUCUUCUCACUCUCAGGGCUGUUAGAGAGAGACCAUCUUCUCUCUGAUGUCUUUGAAUUAACACGUUCGUCCCCAAGUGCUGGCCAACUAAACUCGUAGAGAGGAAAACCAAACAACUACCGACCUGGAUUGCCAUCAAGUGCACACACACACACACACACACACACUGACAUAAAUUAUUUUGCACUGACUGUGACACACACACAGCCAUUGACCACCAUACCAACCCCUCCACCACCAGCAACACUGUCAGCUUUGUCCCAGGCCUGUUCCUUCCUCUUUCCUCUCUGCUGCUAGUUAGCACUGACCCAACCCAAAGCACUGUCAAUGAAACACACCGACCGACCACUCGCUAUCACAACAGGCCCACUUUACAUCACCACACACCAUGUUAACUGAAAGGCCCUGCUAGCCAUGAUGACAUGAAUGAAAUAAUCAUGAAAAAUAACAGAUGUUUUGCUGUCUGUGUGUUUUUAUCUCAGUGUUUCGAUAACAUCCAGUUGAACAUCUUUGUUAAAUUGAACGCCAUCCACAAAGCUCGCCCAUCUUGCUCCGUUUUCAUAAUGCAUGAAAGGUAACACUCGUUAGAAUCAUGUCCUUGUCCCCUUCUUUUUGAGGAUGUGGGGAGGUGGGAUGGGACUUAAUAUAGGGCAAGGUUUUGUGCUGAGUCGCUGGUUUUUAAAUAGCAAUAUUUUUUACAUUGUGAUAUGAAAUACUCUGGGAUUAGGAUUCUUCACCACUGGCUGCUUGUGUUGUACAACAUGGGGGAUCUCAGUGUAUCUUGUGAGAGUGUGAGCUGAGCCUGGGUGGGCUUGGUGUCCCAGAUGGCAUCCUAUUCCCUAUAUAGGGUACUACUAUUGACCAGAGGCCUAUGGGCUGGAAUGCCAUCAAAUAUACACACGCGCUGACCCUAUGGGCUCUGGUCAAAAGUAGUGCACUAUAAAGGGAAUAGGGUGCCAUCUGGGACGCAUACUAUGCUUUUGGAAAGUAAACAUGACGGUGCACAGUAGUCGUCUCUGGGAUGAAAAACAGCCAACUGAACCGUCUGCUCAGAAAUAACGUCUGAGUUCUGUAUCUGUCAGUGUGGAUAUAAUUGUCACUCCUCUUGCGUCCCAAAUGGCACCCUAUUCCCUUUAUAGUGCACUACUAUAGAGCACUACUUUUGACUAUAGUCCUAUGGGCUCUGGUCGAAGGUAGUGCACUAGAUAAGGAAUAGGGUGCAAGACGCAGUCUCAGUUAAGGACAGGUACUGAAGGAAUGACUCAUAUCCUAGGAAGAAAGCUGUCACAUUUAUCUGCUGCCUUGGAAGUAACCCACUUCAGAUUGUUCACAGUUAAUGAAGUACAAGAAAUAAAGUAAUUGUUAAAGUA